UUGGAUGACUUUGUAUGAAGGUGACAAAUGAGCCCAUCCCUUCAACCUCACAAGUGGUCCUCCUCCAUUAAUACAUUUGAUACCCCUACUCUCUUUUCUUCCCUACUAUUACUUUUCUUUCAAACUGGAAAAGAGAAAUAUUAUUAGAUGCAAAUUUCCCAAAUUGAACUAAAGAAUAAAACAAGAAGAAAUUUAGAAAUGUCACCUUCAGAUUCAUCAUCACUAGUGUGGAGCAGAGAAGAAGAAAAAGCUUUUGAGAAUGCCAUUGCUAUGCACUGGGUUGAAGAUUCUGAACAGCAAUGGGAGAAUUUUGCUUCCAUGGUCCCCACAAAAACCAUUGAUGAGCUCAAAAGACAUUACCAACUACUUUUGGAUGAUGUUGCAGCCAUUGAAGCAGGGCAAGUUCCAAUUCCCAAUUAUCAAGGAGAAGAAGCUUCUUCCUCCUCAACCAAACAAGUCAAUCUAGGCUAUUCUGGGUCAGUGGACGGACGGCGCUCCAAUUGUGGUUAUUCAAAUGGAUUUUCAGGCACGAACCAGGACCCGAUUGGGCAUGGAGGAAAAGGGAAUUCUAGGUCUGAACAAGAGAGACGAAAGGGCAUACCAUGGACUGAAGAAGAACAUAGGUUGUUUUUGCUAGGUUUAGACAAAUUUGGGAAAGGAGAUUGGAGAAGUAUUUCAAGGAAUUUUGUGAUAUCUCGAACUCCAACACAAGUAGCUAGUCACGCUCAGAAAUACUUUAUUCGUUUGAAUUCCAUGAAUAGAGAUAGAAGAAGGUCAAGUAUUCACGACAUUACAAGUAUCAACAAUGGAGGAGACGUUUCAACUCAUCAGGCUCCGAUUACAGGCCAACAGGUCAAUCCAAAUCCAGCUGCACUUGGACCCUCAGUCAAGCACAGAACUCAGCCUAAUAUGCAUGGUAUGGGCAUGUACGGUGCUCCGAUGGGUCAUCCCGUCGCUGCACCGCCGAGCCACCUUGCAUCCGCCGUUGGAACACCGGUUAUGCUUCCUCACGGGCACCAUCCUCCUUAUGCACUUCCACUUGCAUAUCCUAUACCGCCACCGCCGCCACCCAUGCACCAGUGAAUGAAUGUUUGAAGGACUCUUUAGCAGUGAAGACUAGAGGAAGUGUCCUGAACGCAAAAUCCACCAAUAGGGAACAGUGGCACAUGAUUGUGGGGGAAAAGAACAAAUGAAGGUUAUGAGGAGAAAAAGAAGAGAGAGGAAUCUUCUCUUGAAAAUCUAGAAUACAUUUUUUUGGACUUUUACCAAAUAAUUUUUAAGCGUAAAACAUAUUAUUGCAGC